GUUCAGCCGAGAAGCAUAUUGGUGAUGAAGGGAAGACGUGCAUGGUUCUAAAGCUCAGAGUCGGAGCAGCAUUCCCAGAUCGCUUUCCCUGUUCGACAGCUGCGCGCAAAGCCAGUGGAGGAAGAGGGGAGCCACUCGCUUCACCGGAACGGACCUACUAGCCUCCGAAGAGCUGGAACCUUGCUUGUCUGAAACGACUGAUUUAGCUAGGGGGACGUGGCUCAAGAAGAGGAAGAGGAAAAGGAAGAAGAACACGGAAAAAACGCCUGGGGAAAUAACUGAAGGAGCAGCAUCCCCCGUCCUCCUUCUCCUCCUCCCACCUCCCCCUCCCUCAGAAAAACCUACAACACGGAGAAAAAUAGGUGACAGCUGGUUAAUGUUACAGUUCUGGAGACCAAAGUGAACUGUAAAGAAAUAAAGCCUCACGUGAAACAGGCGAGUGCAUGGCGUGGGUAAGGCCGCUGCAGCCGGGGACGUCCACCUUCCUCUGGUUGAUCCUGCUCACUGCUGGAGUAAUAUUUUUAAAUGUUGAAGCUGGAUCCACAGAAGCUCCUUCUUUUGGAAGCCAAAAUGCAUCUUGCGGUGGAGAUUAUGAGUGCAAGGAAGGCAUCAUCUUGCCAAUCUGGUACCCAGAGGACCCUUCUUUGGGUGAUAAGAUAGCUCGGGUCAUUGUCUACUUUGUUGCUAUGAUUUAUAUGUUUCUGGGUGUCUCGAUCAUUGCUGAUCGAUUUAUGGCUGCAAUUGAGGUCAUCACCUCGCAAGAAAGGGAAAUCACUAUCAAGCGGCCAAAUGGAGAAACUUCCACAACUACCAUUCGUGUGUGGAAUGAGACUGUUUCAAAUUUAACCCUCAUGGCCCUGGGGUCUUCAGCUCCUGAAAUAAUGUUGUCAGUGAUUGAAAUCUGCGGCCAUGGCUUCAAGGCCGGAGAUCUUGGACCAUCCACAAUUGUAGGGAGUGCUGCCUUCAACAUGUUUGUCAUCAUAGCCAUUUGUGUUUCAGUUAUCCCCGAAGGAGAAACUCGCAAAAUCAAACAUUUGCGUGUAUUUUUUAUAACUGCUGCCUGGAGCAUCUUUGCUUACAUUUGGCUCUACAUGAUACUAGCUGUGUUUUCUCCCAAUGUCGUACAGAUAUGGGAAGGCCUCCUUACUUUAGCCUUUUUCCCCAUUUGUGUCAUUUUGGCAUGGGUGGCUGACCGCCGCCUGCUCUUUUACAAAUUCAUGCACAAAAAGUACAGGACUGACAAGCAUCGGGGAGUUAUCAUUGAGACAGAAGGGGAUAGGCCAAAAGGGAUAGAGAUGGAUGGGAAGUUGGUCAAUUCCCAUUUCCUGGAUGGUGGCACAGGGAAUCUCAUAGGUCUUAUGGAUGGAAAAGAGGUAGACGAGUCUCGACGGGAUAUGAUACGCAUCUUGAAAGAUCUCAAGCAGAGACACCCAGAGAAAGAGCUGGAUCAACUAGUGGAAAUGGCCAACUAUCAUGCUCUCUCUCACCAGCAAAAGAGCAGAGCCUUUUAUCGAAUCCAGGCCACGCGGAUGAUGACUGGAGCAGGCAACAUCCUAAAAAAACAUGCUGCAGAACAAGCAAAGAAGAGUAAUAGUGUGCAAGAAGUGAGGAUUGAUGAGCCAGAGGAAUUUGUGUCUAAGAUCUGUUUUGAGCCAUUUUCAUACCAAUGCCUAGAAAAUUGUGGGGCAGCAGUGUUGACUAUUGUACGAAAGGGAGGCGAUAUUUCAAACACACUUUAUGUGGAUUACAAAACAGAGGAUGGUUCAGCCAAUGCAGGGGCUGAUUAUGAGUUUACAGAGGGCACAGUUGUAUUUAAGCCAGGUGAGACACAGAAAGAAAUCAGCAUUGGGAUCAUUGAUGAUGACAUCUUUGAGGAAGAUGAGCAUUUCUUUGUACGCCUCAGCAAUGUGCGGGUGAUGGAGACAGACGAAUUACUAUCAGCCAACAACCUGCCUUACCCUAAGGCCAUUUUGGGUGUUCCCUCUGUUGCUACAGUAACCAUCCUAGAUGAUGACCAUGCUGGCAUCUUUACCUUUGAAAGUGACGUUGUGCAUGUGAGUGAGAGCAUUGGUGUGAUGGAGGUCAAAGUAUUGAGGACCUCUGGAGCAAGAGGCACUGUCAUUGUCCCAUACCGCACUGUGGAAGGCUUAGCUAAAGGAGGUGGAGAGGAUUUUGAGGAUACUUAUGGCGAGCUGGAAUUCAGAAAUGAUGAGACCUGCAAAACAAUUCAGGUGAAAGUUAUUGAUGAUGAGGAGUAUGAAAAGAACAAGAACUUCUUCAUCGAGCUGGCUGACCCACGAAUGGUGGACAUGAGUUUGCAAAAAGCUCUGCUCUUGGCCCAAGAGGCAGGAGAAAGGAAGUUGUCUGUUGAAGAAGAGGAAGCCAAACGUAUUGCAGAGAUGGGGAAGCCAGUCCUGGGACAACAUCCAAAGCUGGAAGUGAUCAUUGAGGAAUCCUAUGAGUUUAAGAGCACAGUGGACAAGCUGAUAAAGAAGACCAACUUGGCCCUAGUAGUGGGUACCCACUCAUGGAGGGACCAGUUCAUGGAAGCAAUUACUGUCAGUGCAGGUGAUGAGGACGAUGAAGAGACAGGCGAGGAGAGACUGCCUUCUUGUUUCGACUAUGUUAUGCACUUCCUGACAGUCUUCUGGAAAGUCCUUUUUGCUUGUGUGCCUCCCACAGAGUACUGGAAUGGUUGGGCCUGCUUCUCUGUGUCUAUUAUCAUAAUUGGGUUACUUACAGCAGUCAUUGGUGACUUGGCUUCACAUUUUGGUUGCACCAUUGGCCUCAAGGAUUCAGUCACCGCUGUGGUUUUUGUGGCAUUAGGCACCUCCAUUCCAGAUACAUUUGCCAGCAAAGUGGCUGCUGUACAAGACUCAUAUGCUGACGCCUCUAUCGGAAAUGUGACAGGAAGCAACGCAGUCAAUGUUUUCCUGGGCAUUGGCUUGGCCUGGUCAGUGGCAGCUAUCUAUUGGAAGAGUCAGGGAAAGGACUUUGAAGUGCAGGCUGGCUCAUUAGCCUUCUCUGUUACCCUCUUCACCAUUUUCGCCUUCAUCUGCAUCACAGUGCUGCUGUACCGCCGGCGGGCACACAUAGGAGGCGAACUGGGUGGGCCACGAGGCCACAGACUUAUCACCACAGGAUUCUUUGUGUCCCUCUGGCUUCUCUACAUCCUAUUCUCCAGCUUGGAGGCCUAUUGUCAUAUACAAGGAUUUUAAUCCAGCGGGUACCCUUGGGGAAAAGCAUGUGAGGGAGGAAGAGAGAGGCAGGCUUUGAACCUCUCCUUGGACCACCUCACUGAGGUAUCCGUCAACCUGACAGCAGCAACACUUUCAAAGCACCAAUGAAUAGGAGAGUAUGGGGAGCUGGAAUAUUGGAGGAUGCUGACUCUACACACAUAUGUGUUGGGGGUGGAGGAGUGGGGCGAAACAGGGGCAUUUGUGAUUCAUGAUUUAUCUAAGCCCAAAAAUACACAAAGAAACAUCAAAACGGGUUUAAAAAAUAUUAAUAUAAAUGCUAUUGAGGUAAAUAUUGAAGAAAAAAACAUUAACAGAAGUCUUGAAAACAGAGUAAGUCUAUUUUUUCGUCAAAGAAUAACUGCAUUUUUUUAUGAAAAAUAUAUAAAAAAAGAAUGAAAAAAAUUACAUGAAAACUUGGUGGAUAUGAUCGUUUGCAUAUCUUUGGAAGCAGCUAGAUGCACACUGUGCAUUAUUGGGACUAACAGCUGAAUUAUCCUGAAAUUAUCUGCUUUUUGCAUCUGAUUAUAUUUUGAUGUUCUUUAGUUUGGUUUCUUUUUUAAUUUUAAACCAGCAGAAAAGAAUUAUGAAUCUUUGAAGUAAAAAGUUUGGAAUGCAAUGACACAAAUCAAAAGCAACCCUGGACAAGGCUUAUA